UGCCUCGGUCGCCGCGGUCCCCGGGGAGCGGGCUCCGGCGCUCGCUCCCAUUGGCCGCCGCCGCGUCAGCUGGUGCGAUUUGCUGCUGUCGCUUUUGGCGUUCGGCCAUCCAGAAACAAACCAGUUCGAUGACUACUAAUAGUUAUAGCCAGAUGUACUAAUACACAACAAAUCACAGUCCUGCAGAGGGGCGCGCAAAUGAGUUCCUAUUUUGUGAAUCCCACUUUCCCCGGGAGCCUGCCCAGCGGCCAGGACUCCUUCUUGGGCCAGCUGCCCCUCUACCCGGCCGGCUAUGACGCGCUGAGGCCCUUCCCGGCCUCGUACGGGGCGUCCAGCCUUCCGGACAAGACGUACACUUCACCCUGUUUCUACCAACAGUCCAACUCCGUCCUGGCCUGCAACCGGGCGUCCUACGAGUACGGGGCCUCGUGCUUCUAUUCCGAUAAGGACCUCAGUGGCGCCUCGCCCUCGGGCAGUGGCAAGCAGAGGGGCCCGGGGGACUACCUGCACUUUUCUCCCGAGCAGCAGUACAAACCCGACAGCAGCGGCGUGCAGGGCAAAGCCCUCCACGACGAAGGCACCGACCGGAAGUACACGAGCCCUGUGUACCCCUGGAUGCAGCGGAUGAACUCGUGCGCGGGUGCUGUGUACGGGAGCCACGGGCGCCGAGGCCGCCAGACCUACACGCGCUACCAGACGCUGGAGCUGGAGAAGGAGUUCCACUUCAACCGCUACCUGACGCGCCGCCGCCGCAUCGAGAUCGCCAACGCACUCUGCCUCACCGAGCGCCAGAUCAAGAUCUGGUUCCAGAACCGCCGCAUGAAGUGGAAGAAAGAAAAUAAGCUCAUCAAUUCCACCCAGCCCAGCGGGGAGGACUCGGAGGCCAAGGCGGGCGAGUAGACGCCUGGGCAGGGACCAGGCCAGCGCUGCGACUUCCUUCGGUUUGGCCCCCUUACCCUUGCCUGCCUUCGCCCCAACUUUUCUCCUCGCCUGUUCCCAUCCGUGGGGCUUCAGCAGCUUCUGGAGAGCCCGAGCUUUGCAAGCGCCUGAGCAUUUAUUUCUUACAAAAAAAACAAAACAAAACAAAAAAAACACAACAACAAACAAAAACAUCUUACAGCCAGCGUCGGCGGUGGAGCGAGGCGCACUGCACACACACACACACACACACGAGAGGCUCGCUCCUCAGGGCUGCCUAAGCUUGCUUCGGGGUCCUGGGGCGCGUCUCGAGGUCGUCCCCGACUCCUGUGCUAGCGCCCGUGCGCUCCCCGAGCUGGAGAUGCAAGGUUGCUGGAGAGGAAAGAGCCCCGGGAAGAGCCGGAUUUGGUGUCUGGGCGUUGCCGCCGCCUCGAUCGUCUCGUCCGCCAGUAACUUCUGAAGGGCAUCGCCAAAUCAUCUGCAGGCCCUGGCAAGAGGGGGGCCCACGGGCUAGGGCCCCAGCCCUGUCGCGGCCUCUCAAGCCGCCCCCAGACAGGCCGAAGCUCGAGGAACAAAGGGGGCCCCGACAGAGCCGAGCCUCGGGCCGGCGCGCAACCGUCAGUGGGAGAGAAACAGCCGCAGGGGAGGC